ACUGCUUGGGUUGCCUGUCCAGAAGUAGGAGAUACUAUAUUCUAUAUUUAUUAACCAAUGACGUAUUAUCCUGCCCAAAGCCAUUUUCAUUUCGAGCAUCUUUGCGCACGUUGAAACACAUUGCAUCUUAUCUCAGCAAAAAUGAAGAUUUCAAACAUCUUUAGAAACAUUACAGUGGAACCAGUUCUCUUCCUAUACAUGUUUUGUACAUUUAUGAGCUUUCCUCUGCUCCAACAACUGGCCUAUCGUAAAAUAUGCCAAGAAAAAUUAAACGAAACGAGUUGCGAGAACCUCACUAAGACACAACGUGAUGGUGUCCAAGAAGACACCUCAAACUGGAUGGUCUAUCAAUCCGUUGCUCUCGGCGUUCCCUCUAUUGCUGCUUCAUUGGUUUACGGUUCAUGGUCUGACUCUGUUGGACGUAAAUUUAUAAUGAUACUCCCUCCUAUUGGGAACGCAUUAAUGAACAUAAAUUAUCUCUUAAAUGUUCACUUUUUUCAAGUCAAUGUAAACUACCUACUUAUUGGAAUUGUCAUUUCUGGGUUUUUUGGAGGUUAUGCAACGGUUCUCUCGUCUGUAUUUUCUUAUAUUGCUGAUGUAAGUGAUAAAUCUAGCCGUACGUUAAGGAUAAGUAUAUUGGAAUCCAUGGUUUUCUUGGGAGCAAGUGGAGGGGAGAUGGUUGCUGGAGUCCUUCUUGACAGUUCAGGAUUCAUGGCUGCCUUUGGGUUAGCACUUGCAAUCAAUGUCUGUAUUAUUUUGUAUGUGAGCCUUUGGCUGCGAGAGUCCUAUUUCCCUACAGAUCAAGUACAUGCGAACCCAUUAAUCAAGCUUCAUAGCCAUAUUAAGAAUGUUUUGACAGUGCUGUUCAAGGCAAGAGAUGAAGAUCAGCGAUUGUACCUCUUGGUUGUACUCUUUGGAGCUUUACCUAUUGUACUCAUAAAUUUUGGAGGAUUCAAUGAUACAUCAUUGCUCUACAUCAUCAACCAGCCAUUGUCAUUCUCGUCAUCCUACAUUGGGUACUUUUUAUCUGAGGUGUAUUUCAUAAGAGGUCUAGGGGUGGUUGUUGGGAUGCCAAUUUUGACCAAGUACUUCAAAGUGUCAGACUAUCUCAUAGCAGUGUUUGGGAUGAUGAUUACGUUGGUUGUGUUUAUAUUUUAUGGUUUUGCGACACGCAAGUGGAUGAUGUUCUUGGGAGCUGCUUUUGCCUUUGGAGAUGGUUGGCCAGUACCAUGCAUGAGGGCAAUGAUGUCCAAAUCUGUACAAACAGAUGAGCAAGGUACCAUGUUUGCUGCUGUUGCCUCACUAGAGGUACUGUCUACAUUACUGGCCUCAUUAAUAUUCAAUAGUAUUUACAGCAAAACAGUCUCCUGGCUGCCUGGUUUUACGUUCUUUCUGCUUUCUGGGAUCUUGCUCAUUCCAAUUGGAAUAAUCUUAACACUUUAUUUCAAGAAAAGAAAAGGAUACCAAUAUAAGGUCAUGGAAGAUCCUGAGGACAGCAUACACAAUCUUCCGGUCAAUACCUAGCCAUAACCACAGCAUGUACAGUACACUGUACAGAGGAAGUUAUUUUAACCACAGGAAAUGCACGCAAGUAUAUUACAGUUAUUGGUAUGCAGUUUGUUUAAAAUGUUCUGGGGAUAAAUAAGAAUAAUGCAGACUGUGAUGAUCAAGUAAUUAAUGAAGCAAGUAGUAAUUGAUUGGUUUAAAUUUUUGUAUAAAUUAUCUGUUUCCGGUUCGCUAGUUUUACAGCCAACAGUUAAAAUUUGAAUACUUUACCGUACACAUCAUAGGGUCUUGCUAAAUUGCUUAUUUUUUGGAAUGUUAAUCACAGACAAAUAAACUGUUCCAUUAACAACGUGUAAAUAUUAAGCUUGAUUGUUUUUCUUUUGAAGAAAAAAAGGCGGUUGAAUUUAUACCGGAUGUCAGAAUGUUUGAAGCAUGCGCAUAGGCUGACGACCUAGAAUCUGGGUCUUCUGGUUUGUGUGUUAGCAGAGCCUUUGAUUUUUUGGUGAGAAGGGUCUGGGUACGAGAUCGGAUUUUCCUCCCUCUGCAAAACCUAAAGAGUUAAAUUCCAAUUGGAUUUGUAAAAUAGCAGUGCCCUGUUCAAAAUCAUCCAAGAAGUUGUCUUACUAUUGGGUUUCAGUGAUAAUUUUAAACCAAAGAAAGUUUAGUGUUGAGAAAGGUAGAUGCAUACAGAUCAGCUUCAUGUCAGUUCAGUUUCUUUUUGAAGGAAAUCUUUGAUUUAAGUUACGUAUCAGUAACAAAUACAAGCUGCAAAGAAAAAUAAAAUAAAUAAUGGCUUCAAUCAA